CUUACACUCUCACCGUAAUACGCCUCAGCCUUCGUGGCAUUCACCAUGCGCAGAGAUGUGCGGAUUCUUCUGGUCGGCGAUGACGGUGUCGGAAAGAGCACGAUCGUCACGUCGCUCAUCAAGGAAUCCUUUGUGCCUCGUGUCCAACACGUCGUCCCAGAGGUUACCAUUCCCCCAGAGGUAACCCCGGAGAAUGUGACAACAUACAUCGUCGACUCGGGCAGUGGAGACAACGACCGACAACACCUUGAGAGCGAGAUCCGCAAGGCGCAUGUUAUUUGCGUCGUCUACUCCAUCGAUAAUCCAAACUCCUUUGAUCGAAUACCUACCUACUGGCUACCCUACUUCCGGCAACUUGGCGUCAAUGUACCUGUGAUCCUAGUCGGCAACAAGAUCGACCUCCGUGGCGGGGAAGUCACGAAUGAGGCCCUGGAGGAUGAGAUUAUACCCAUCAUGAACGAGUUCAAGGAAGUUGAGACAUGCGUGGAAUGCUCCGCAAAACUACCAUUGAACGUGUCCGAAGUCUUCUAUUUUGCUCAGAAAGCCGUCCUCCACCCAACCGCACCUCUGUACGACUCAAGAGAUCACGUCCUCAAGAAGGAUUGCGUUGCUGCCCUCCGACGGAUAUUCAAGCUCUGCGACACGAAUAAGGAUGGUAUCCUGGACGCGUCCGAGCUGAAUGAGUUCCAGCGGAAGUGCUUCGAUGCCCCACUGCAGGCGCAGGAACUCGAAGGCAUCAAGGAGAUGGUCCGACAACAUUCGGAAGGCGGCGUGCGCGACAACGGCCUGACAGAAGAAGGCUUUCUGUACUUGCAUACUAUCUUUAUCCAACGCGGCCGACUGGAGACCACUUGGACAGUGCUGCGGAAGUUUGGCUACGGGGAGGAUCUUCGGUUGACAGAGAGCUUCCUAUACCCAAAGUUCGAUGUGCCAUAUGACUGCUCAGUAGAGCUCAGUCCGCUGGGAUACCAGUUCCUCACGGUAGUCUUUGAGAACUACGACAAGGACCAGGAUGGGGCGCUGAACAAGGAAGAGCUGGAGGAGCUGUUCAGCACAUCACCGGGCAACCCAUGGGCCGGCCAAAAGUUCCCCGAUACCACUGUCGCAGAUGACACCGGCGCAGUCACGCUCCAAGGGUGGCUAGCGCAGUGGAGUAUGACAACACUGCUCGACCACAGAACCACGCUCGCCUAUCUCGCAUAUCUUGGCUACCCCGAUGAGCCCCGGACAGAUGCUUUGCAUGUCACCCGUCCGAGGAAGGUUGAUCGGCGGAAGGGCAAGUCAACCCGAAACGUAUUUCUAUGCUACGUCUGCGGAGCGGCUGGUUCCGGCAAGACUUCUCUACUCCGGGCGUUUGCUGGAAAGCCAUUUAGUCCAACCUACGAGCCAACGAAGAAGAUGAACAGCGUAGUGAACUCGGUGGACAUCGACGGGUCGGAGAAAUAUCUCGUACUGCAAGAGUUCGGCUCGAAGUACGAGGCUGAAACGCUUCGGAACCCGAAGAAGACCGACCUCGCGGACGUGAUCGUGUACGUGCAUGACUCGAGCGACACGAAUUCGUUCUCGUACAUCAGUAAUCUUCGGCAACAAUACAGCCUCGACCACAUACCGACGCUGUUUGUAGCGACCAAAUCGGACCUCGACCUCGCGCUGCAGAGACACGAGGUGCAGCCUGACGUCUACUGUCGCCGGCUAUCCUUGCAAGUGCCCAUCGCGGUCAGCGUCAAGACCGGGCAGACGGCGGACGUGUUCCACGCCAUCUGCAGAGUCGCGAUGAACCCGAAUUCCGCCAUUCCAGGUGGGGCAGAUCGUGCACUCACGGCGGCUGCACGCCUGCGGACGUACGCCAAGCUAGCGUCGAUGGUGGGCGGGCUCUCGACGGGGUUGUAUCUCGUAUUCCGGACAUUUGCACGGCCUGGUGGCGGCCAGGGUACAUGGAGUGUGGGGCAGUGGCUCGCGUGGUUGAUUGGGAGCUCGGGUGGGAGGCGAGAGCUGUAGACGUAUGGGCUACUACCUUGUUCUUCUCGACGACGAUCACGACUACGGGCAGACUGCCACUGGGCUGCGCGCACACAGGCAGCCGCAGUUGGACUUGA